AUGCGCACUAAUGAUACAAACCUCUGUGCUAUUAAUGCUUUGCAAAAGGUUCAAGGGGAUAAGCUUCAGAACAAGUUGCCAAUCGGCCAUGAUCCGGCCUCUAGCUCCAGCUCCUCGAUUGGUAUUGACCAUAUAGGUAUACAGACCGUUGAAAUAGAUAAUGCUUAUGCAACGGAUAAGAACCUUGAGCUUGUGGAACGACACUUGAGUCCAUUGAAACUCAACUCGGCUACUCCCAGUACUCCAUUAGAGCCAGGCGAGCAGGUCAAGAAUAAAUACGUAGAGGCGUUCGACGCUUUGGCUGGAGCGUCCCCUGUAGGCUUCGACCAGCUUGACAUAAACGCUCCGUUGGAUCUCUCCGGCGAUCCAAUAGAACAAAUACAAAAGCGCAACGGUAACAUCAUCGGUUUUACUGCCUGUUCGACCACCAGUACAAGUACCGCCUUUCUUACCGAUUUUCCCAAGCUUUCCAAGACUAGUGCCUCGGCAGCCAGUACCUCAACGCCUAACUUUUCAAAGCCAGCAUUCACGCCACCAUAG